GCUAAUAUUUUGAUUUUGCGUUUUCUCGAGAUUUUAAAAAGGCAAAGAUAACUUCAUUUUCAAAUUGAAAAAUGGCUCUAACAAAUGUCUUAUUGUUGAGUCAGAUUGCUGGUUAUGUUAUAGGCUUUAUUUUGUCUUUAUGUAUCAUUGUGCCUAUGAGCAUGCAUCAGGAUGAGUUUGGAGGCCACUGCCUAUUGUUUUCAAAAGGUGCAUGGCAAGAAGAGGAUGGACAGCUGCUGGUGUCGUGGGCUUCACAGGCGUACUGCAAUUAUGUUAUUGCUAUUGGUGUACUCAUGUUCAUAGUGUGUCUUGUACAAAUAUAUAGACUGUCUAUAUUCAUGUAUAAAGGACAAGACAGCUCCUUCCUCUCUGCAUUCAUAGAGGCAGUUGGCUGCAUGACUCUCUGCGGACUAGCUGUAUCUGCCGCAUGUCUUGUGACCCUGGGAUUUAUGAACUGGUGUCAGAUUAUUGUUGAGAGGUUCCCAAGUUGUGAGGAUGCUGCAGGUCAAGAUAUUGAUAAGAGAGAUAAAAUAUCCACCAAUGGAUUUUAUAUUGAAAUGGGAACAGCUCAAUUUGGUGCAUGGGGUGCAUUCGCGACAUGGGUAGGUCUUGCGGUAUUUUCCACAUUGAAAGUGUGUCGGUACCAUCAGCUGCAGAACAUCCAGGUUUCAAUGUACAGGGAACGGCAGCGCUUGGUCAAUGAAAAUGAAUCGCCCACAGCAGUGGAAGGCAGGUCCACACCUCCACUACGUUAAAAUUUAUUGUUAAGUGAUGUUUUACACAUUUAAAUUCAA